AGGAGUGCUGGUUGGAAAGCCUGGAGAACGUGAAUGGUUGGUGAGCCGCGUCGUGCGUUUUGGUGCGGUGAUGUCCUCGGGGGCGCACGGUGCGUAAAGACAAGCUCCACCGCAGAAAAUGUGGGAAUUGCGCUUUUUACGAAUUCACUGCUCAUUUUCCUCCUAGAGACAGAGAGCAGAAAGAGAGAGUCACGGGACACUCAUCUAUUUUUAACACCCAGCAACUACCCAAACACGCCGAUGCCCAGAAGAUGGACCCUCUCUACAACGGCACCGACGUUAACGCCACCAACGGGACAAACGUGUCCGUGAACUGCAGCGACGGCUUCAACCAGUUCAUCCAGCCGGUGUGGCAGAUCACACUCUGGGCUGUCGCCUAUUGCAGCAUCGUUGCGGUGUCUGUGGUUGGUAACAUGGUGGUUAUCUGGAUUAUUCUGGCGCACAAACGCAUGAGGACGGUCACCAAUUACUUUCUGGUGAACCUGGCCUUUGCUGAAGCUGGGAUGUCAGCAUUCAACACAGUGAUCAACUUCACCUACGCCGUUCACAACGAGUGGUACUUUGGUUUGGUUUACUGCCGCUUCCACAACUUCUUCCCCAUCGCCGCCAUAUUUGCCAGCAUUUACUCCAUGACGGCCAUAGCUCUGGACAGAUACAUGGCGAUCAUCCAUCCCCUGCAGCAGAGGCUGACGUCCACAGAGACCCGUGUGGUGAUCUUUGUGAUCUGGAUGCUGGCUCUGCUUCUAGCCUUCCCUCAGUACUACUACUCGGAAACCGCCCUGCUGCCUGGACGCACAGUCUGCUACAUAGACUGGCCCGAAUACACCACUGUGGACUUCAAGAAGAUAUACUACGUGUGCGUGACACUGCUGAUCUACUUCCUGCCCCUUUGCAUUAUGGGAUGUGCAUACACUACCGUGGGCGUCACCCUCUGGGCGAGUGAGAUCCCCGGGGACUCCUCUGACCACUACAAAGAACAGCUCAUUGCUAAACGCAAGGUGGUGAAGAUGAUGAUCGUGGUUGUGUGUACGUUCGCUGUCUGCUGGCUGCCCUAUCACGUCUACUUCUUGCUGCACCAGUUCUUUCCCGAUCUGUUCGAGCAGCGCUACAUCCAACAGGUCUACCUGGCGAUCAUGUGGCUGGCCAUGAGCUCCACCAUGUACAACCCAAUCAUCUACUACUGCCUCAACAGCAGGUUCAGAGCAGGUUUCCAGCAGGUGUUUUGCUGCUGCGCUCCCACAGUCGCCAAGGAGGAGUUAGAGCUCAAAUCACCGCGCUACCUGCAGACACAGGUGAGCAUAUAUCGAGCCAGUCGGAUGGAGACCGUUGUGUCCACUGCAGUUCAUCCUGCAGCGGCGGAGCACAAGAGGGCCCAGCUGCCGUCCUGCGUCCCUCACGCCCAGCCUUGUGUGGAGGUCACAUCCAACGGCUCAGGCUCGGAGACGUUAACAAAGAGCCCCAAUAGUCCUUCGCAGUAGAGUAAACACCAUCAGGUGGCGUGGGAACAAAGUGUCGAUGGGCGACGAGCAGUCAGCAGUCGGCUCGCUCUCACUGUACCGAAGAGGAAGUCGUGCUCAGACGCUCAGUUGUUCCGGUCGAGUGCAUUAUAUAGCCUGUGAUAUGUUGUUCUAGCCAGACAAGUGCAUUAAUACCUAAAGGAUGUCUACAUUGUCUGUGGGAGACCAGUGGUGGAAAGUAACAACUUAAGUACAUUUACACAAGCACUGUACUUGAAGGUACUUCAAGUACAAGUAUUUCCAUUUUAUGCCACUUUGUGCUUUUACUUCUACAUUUUGGAAGGGAAAUAUUCUACUUUUUACUUCACUACAUUUAUUUGACAGCUAUCAUACACACCUGUUAGAAAAACCAGUGUCUUGUAGUUUGAAUCAUUUAGUCAAAAGUAAAAAUGAUCAAUCACUAACUCUGCUUUGGUGGAAAUAAAUCCUUAAUUCACUGACGUAGAUGAUAAAAACAGCAGUUUCAGUCAGAGCAGACCGGCUGUGGAA